AUGGCACACACUCUGGAGCCUCUAUCCCAGAUGCCCGUCAUCAAGUUCAAGGGCCAGGACUUUAAGACCCUGCGGGAUCGUUGCCUAAGCAGAGGCCUCCUGUUUGAGGAUGAGACCUUCCCUGCCGAGAGUUCUUCCAUAGGCCCGUUGCUGCUCCAGGGAAAACGCCUCUCCAGGCUGCAGUGGGAGCGACCAAAGGAUUUAUUGAUGGGUAAAGCAGAGCCUCAUUUCAUCCUGGAAGGUGCGAGCAGAUUUGACAUCCAGCAAGGGAAGGCAGGAGACUGCUGGUUCCUGGCAGCACUGGGCUCCUUGACACAGAACCCACAGCAUCUGCAGAAGAUCCUGACGAACCAAAGCUUUUCCCACCAGUAUGCAGGGAUUUUCUGUUUCUGGUUCUGGCAGUGUGGCCAGUGGGUGGAAGUGGUGGUUGAUGAUCGCCUGCCUGUCCUGAACAGGAAGUACCUCUUUGUGCAUCCUCUCAACAACCAAGAGUUUUGGCCGUGCCUGCUGGAGAAAGCCUAUGCCAAGUUCCGCGGAUCCUAUCAGCACCUGCACUACGGCUACCUCCCCGAUGCCCUGGUCGACCUCACGGGAGGGGUGGUCACCAGCAUCAGCCUGCACUCCUCCCCUUCUGACCUAGUGACGAUGGUAAAGACCGCUGCCAAGGCAGGCUCCCUGAUGACCUGUGCCACGCCGGCCGGGCCGACAGGGGAAGCCACAAGAAUGGAGAAUGGCCUGGUGAGCCAGCAUGCCUACACCGUGACUGGGGCCGAGCAGAUUCAGUACCGGGGGCGCUGGGAAGACCUUCUCCGCCUGUGGAACCCCUGGGGCCAGGACGAGUGGCAAGGGCGCUGGAGUGACGGGUCUCCGGAGUGGCAGGAAACCCGGGACCCACGGAAAAGCCAGCUGUAUGAGAACAAGGAUGAUGGCGAGUUUUGGAUGUCGCGUCAAGAUUUCCAAGAGAACUUCUCCUGCCUGUUUAUAUGUAACCAGUUUCCAGUCAGCCUGGACCUGGGACACAUGCCCCAUGAAAGAUGGUCCCAAAUGACGUUUAAGAACCGCAUGACUCCAGGGAACACCACAGGUGGACUUCAGAGGGACACACAGUACAUCUUCUCUGUGCCCGAGAGCGUGGAAGGCAACAAUGUCGUCGUGUCUUUCAACAUCGCGCCACAAAAUGUAAAGGCAGAAGAUGAGAAAUUUCCACUAAACUUCCAGGUGUUCAAGGUCGACCCUCAGUUUCAGCACUUCCGGGAGAGACUGCCGUCCAGCUUUUUUUCCCGAUUCAGAAGUGCUGAAAAGGGCAUCGUGACUAGAGCCAAGUACAACCUCACAAAGUGCUUCACGCUGAGCCCGGGGACCUAUGUGGCCGUCCCGUCUGCGCGCAGAGAAGCAGUUGAGUUCUUGCUUCGAAUCUUCCUGAAAAUGCCAGACCCGGACCGGAACCUGGGCAGCGGUUUCAACCUCAGAGCACUGCAGGCAAGUCUUCCAGAAAAUGGCUCCCAACAAAGCAUUUUCUACAAAUACGCCCAGCAGGGACUAGGCAUUGAUGCCACCCAGCUUCAGAGACUUCUCAACCAGGAAUUCCUGAAAGGACCUCCAGCGGACACCUUCUCUUUGGAUGAGUGCCGGAGCAUCGUGGCGCUGAUGGAUCUGAAAGUGAACGGGCAGCUCGACGAGGAGGAGUUCUCCAGGCUGUGGAGCCGACUCGUCAGCUGCCAGAGCGUUUUCCAGAACACCCAGAGGAACACAGGCAUUUUCCUGAGCUCGGAUUUGCGGAGGGCCAUAAAGGAUACAGACUUCCUUGCAGAGGUCUCCGUCGGCAGCGAGCUGCUGGAUCUCGUCGCCCUCAGGUACAGCGACAGCGCCGGCCGGGUCAGCUUCCCCAGCCUGGUCUGCUUCCUGGUGCGGCUGGAAGCCAUGGCAAAGACUUUCCGCAACCUCUCCAAGGAUGGAAGACUCUACCUGACAGAAGUGGAGUGGAUGAACUUGGUCAUGUACAACUGA